GGAGGGAAAAUGUGAACUAUCUGUGGCAUGGUUACUGGAAGCACACAGGCUGAUCUGAGUAUUUCAGACAUCUAGCGAGUGGCUAGAUGUAUCUGAUGAGAGACUGGGUUGAGCUGACAGGAAGGGUACAGUAACUCAAAUAACUACUUUUCACAAAUAAUCAUCUCACACAACACAUGUGAGGCAGAGCACAUUCAGUUUCACUCUGUAAACCAAGAACAGUAAUCUGAGGCUACACUGGGCACAGGAAAAUUGGAAAAAGACCAAGCAAUGUUGUUCUACUUGAGGGUGAUUAGACUAGUCAAGGCAGUGUAGCCCCCAGAAUUCAAAUGGGUCACAUUCACAACCAUAAACAGUACAAUGUGCAGUGAAAAGCUUUUGUUUUCAACUGUCUGUGACAAAAUAAAUAUAUGAAAUACAAUUUACAUAAAUCAGAAUUGAUAUCUAGACGGGAAUACAAUCGGUGGCAGAAGCAGUAUGUUUGUGGAAUUUACGCAAUAUAUGCUGUGCAACAUCAGGCUGAGGUCCUGGGAGUUGUGCAGACCAAGUCCAAGCUCUAUAGUUUUAUGACAUAUUAGGGCAGGGAUCAUUAAACUUUGUACAGCCAGGGAGUGUGGGAUCCCUUCCAGUGUAAAAGAUAUAUGAGAUAUAUGAGACCUCGUUUAGGUCUUCAAGUGAAGUCAGAUACAGAUGAAAGGGCAGUGUUAACGGUAUUAAAAUUAGUUUUACAUUUUGUAACAUAGGAUAUUAUUAGGUUAAGUUGUAAAGAGAAGUUGCUUUUAAGAGCCAUACAUGAGCCAUAAUGAGACAGUCCCUUAAUAAACUUUUCAAUAAAUGUAGUAAAGAGUAUUUUUGAUUUCUCACAUACAUUCAUGGUGAUGAUGAUGAUGAUGAUGAUGAUUAUAACUGUUCUAAUGCCAAAUAGAACCACUGUCUGAUUUUAUUUUGUAAAGUAAUAGUCUGUGGCAUCUUUUCUAGGGGUGUCUACAUUCUAAGUGGUAUGGUGUCUAUGGUGUGGCUUUCUCUCUGUGUGUGUGUGUGUGUGUGUGUGCUGCUUUAGUGUGGUGCUGCUUUUAACGGAGAGGAAGGAGAAAGGGGGGCACCGAGCAGCACAUCAGCAUCUGAAAGAAGCAGCAUGUCGCCGCGAGCUGAACAGAUCAACCCCAUGCACUCGCUGCAAGCUGUGUUACACUGACUACAACAUUGCCAUCUUUUUAUCGUUGUAUAUAUAUGUAUAUAUAUAUUUCUUCUAGAUUUUAAUUUUUUUUUUUUUCCUCAAUGGAGGCGGCCGUGAUGAAGCUGCACGCGAUGGCGGACGUUAACGGGAACAGCACUGUUAUGGACGCGGAGCUCGAGGUGAAAAAGCUGCAGGAGCUCGUGCGCAAAUUGGAGCGACAAAACGAGCAGCUAAGGACGAGAGCGGCGAAUAACUACACCCACAGUGGACAUUUAUUCCCAAACCAGAACUGCGCUGGAAACCCGGCCAGUGGUCAUGUUUAUUCAGGAAAUCAUUGCCUUUCAGCUCAGCCCACGCAACUGGAAGUGCACAAUAGAGAUGAACAGUACGCGUGUUUUCAUGCUCAGUCUCCGAGUGAUGUUGAGAGCUUACUGCUGGACGAGCUGGAAAUCUUAGACCUCUUUUCUCUACUCAACAUCGACCGAGAGUCUGAGGAGAGCUGGUUGUAUGCGUCUCCAAAAGCAAAGCUGUUCCCUCGGUCACCUCUCAGCCCUCUGCAGUGGUGUAGACAUGUAUUCGACAACCCCGGGCCUGAGGUGGAGUCAGCUAAGCGCUCCUUAUGCUAUCGACUAGACCAGGCCAAACGAUGGAGAGGAGCUCUCUCUGGCAGUUCACCAUCCUUAUCAUACAGACCUGUAGAUGGGCUCUCGUUUUUAAGCACCUCAGUUAAAUCUCUUACUAAACCUGCACUAACUGAACAAACAGUUCCAUCUCCUCAAUCCAGCCACUGCUCUCUCCAGUCACCUCUCACUGGGAGGAGUUGCGGUGGCCUGGCCGAGAGAUCGCCCUCAUUCCUCUAUCACACGGCUACUCACAAUUACAGUCGUCCACAUGCUGCCGUCAGUCCACAGUCUUCCAUGAACAAUGAGUUCAGCAUCUCAGACCUGGAUGAUGAUUCAGUCUCUAUGGACUACAAACUUCAAGACAUGACUGAUGUCCAGGUCAUGGCCCGGCUACAGGAGGAGAGUCUGCGUCAGGAGUACGCCACUACCUCGGCCACAGGUGCCCGCCGGAGCUCCAGCUUCUCUGUGCACUCAGGAUUGUGUCGCCCAGAGAGGACAGAUUUGAGGAUGGAAGAAGAUGAGGAGGAUUUUGAUGAUCUGCCACCUCCCCAGCCACGACUUUUUCGUACAGGGUCCAUGCAGCGGAGUGUGUCCCACUCACACAACUUGUCAAGUCUCAGAGAGCCACGCCGCUGCAGCUCCUCUAGCACACAGUACCUCAGCAGCCCCAGUUCCAGCACAGGCAGCUACACGAGCACCGAAACACAGGGUUACCGCACUAGCACAGACAUGCUGCGGAAAAGCAUGCCAAAUCUGAUACGAGCUCCCAGCAUGCUGUCUGUGCCAAGUGUGACAAGUAUUGCAGCUCCUGCCAGUCACACAACCUUUUCUUCUUUUCAAUCGUCACCAUCAACCCUACGCAACAGUCAGAGCUUUGACUCUUCAAGCGGCCUUGCCAGGCUUCAGUCUGCAAUUCCAUCUCCAGGUCAGCUGCAGCAGCGGGUACAGAGUAUAGGCACCUUCUCCACGGCAACACGACAACCAGUGAAAGCCACUGCCUACGUCAGUCCUACCAUACAGGGUCCCAUCACAAUGCCUUCAUCUGUUAGUUUAAACUCACUUUCCAGCAAUAGCGUUAGUAAACCCAAUAAAGCCAGCGCUCCAUCCUCUACAAGUCGCAGUGCUCUACCUCGACCAGCCUCCUUUAUUGGCACAAGUGGGACCACACGCAGCAAGAUCGCUCAGCCAGCACGCAGCUUACUUACUCCCCCAAAGAGUAUGGCAUCCCUGAGUGCCCUGCGUGAUGCGAGCUGGAGGGAUGGAUGUUAUUGAUGCUGGAUAUGCACUGAUCUUCACAAACAGCCAACAGUGUUUUAGGCCCAGCUGGCUGGGUAAAGCUGUUGUUUACAGGCAACAGAAAAAGAAUAAAGUGUAAUCGUUGAUAUGUGAUCACUGAUGGUAUAAGACGGUUAGCACAGCUAAUUUCAUUUAUGCCAUGUACAUACAAAAAUUGCAAUAUGCCCCAGUGACCAAAAACUUUGAUUAGAACAUUAUGCAAAUGAUUGUUUACAUGUAAGAUAUUCCCCCAUAAUUAAAAAAAAGAACUGUUUGUUAUUAAAUCCUUUAUACUUACAGACAAGUAAGGUCAAGUACGACUACAUAAGACUGAUAUUGUUAGCUCAUAGUGCCUCAUGGUGAGUGUUUUAAGGUUUUACUGUAAGUAAUUUCCUGACUGCCAAAUGGCACUUUUACUGUUCAUUGUUUAAGAACUGUUAGACCAGUUAAGUUUCAUUUCAUAAACCGCAUCUAGUACUACUGAACUCGAAAUGUUUCUAAGGAAGCACCUUGAUAAGUAUUUUAGUGUCAAAAAAACAAGAUAACAUUGAAACUGUGAAUUUCAGUAACUACAAAUGUGAAGACUGGACUGCUUGGCUUUGACACUAUCACAAACACUUUAACACACUGAUCUUCUUUUAGCGAAUUGGCUUUAAAUAUGUAACAUAAGUACAAAUGCCUCUUAAUGCGAUUGCAACAUGCAUUAUUGUGUGUUUACAAGUUGCUCAUGUGAAAGAGCGUUGCUGAUGGAUUGCACAUCUUGGUAGGAACAUGAAAGAAAAUUCAAAUAAGUGUAUUUUAACAUUGAAAUAAAGUUUUUUCAACUGUC